CAGCGUCGAGGCGAGGGUUGAGUACAGCAGAGAUGAAUGCUGUAGAAGCCAUACACAGAGCUGUGGAGUUCAACCCACACGUCCCCAAACAGGACAAUAUACAUUGGCCAUAUUGUUCAUGGCUCCUGAGUGGCGCACAAUGGGAUUGCCUUGCAGUUCUCCAGCUGUAUCCACUGAAAGCAUGCAAUGUUCAAGGCACGAGGGCACGGGAGGCGCCGCAGAGCCGCGCACAGAAGACGGACCUAGCCCAUGGGGAAGGGAAGAUGAGGGAGGGGGGUGGACCCCCACCCCGCCACACUGGGUAGCACAGAGCAACACUUUAAGGGGCAUUGCACUAAUAAUGGCACUGACUAGAGAAACAUUCCCACUGUUCUUAGUGCCAGUCUGCACAUUCAAACUAAAACAAUGUAACUAAUAAUGGCAUCUUUAUGCUUUUGUUAAUAAAAUAAUGAUAAAAAUACUCUUUCAAAAUGCCGAUGUUUGUUUAUUUAGUUAUGGAUCCAUAACGAAUUACUAUGGGAAAAAUAUCACUGAAUUACAGAAAUAUUGGAACAAAGUUGUCUAAUGAAUGUAAACAACUUGUUGCUUACUUGAAAAUAUUCCUUCAAACACACAUGGUCACGUUUUACAGCACUAUUAUGGCUAUUAGCAGGUAGCUGGACAAUAGACUUGCCUAGAAGGAGGGUAGGGGGAGAAUUCUAUCAUCAAAUGUAUUUCUUAUUUAGGUUGGCUGUAUCACAACUGGUUGUGAUUCGUUGCAAUUUCAGUUGUUUAAAGGCACAGUCAACUUAGUGUAUGUAAACUUCUGACCCACUGGAAUUUUGAUACAGUGAAUUAUAAGUGAAAUAAUCUGUCUGUAAACAAUUGUUGGAAAAAUUACUUGUCAUGCCCAAAGUAGAUGUCCUAACCGACUUAUAGUUUGUUAACAAGAAAUUUGUGGAGUGGUAGAAAAACUAGUUUUAAUGACUCCAAGUGUAUGUAAACUUCUGACUUCAAAUGUACUACUACUGUUGCACCACUACGACGACUCCUACUGUAGAACCCGUUACUACUACUACUACUACUGUAGCACCCGUUACUACUACUACUACUACUACUGUAGAACCCGUUACUACUACUACUACUACUACUACUGUAGCACCCGUUACUACUACUACUACUACUGUUGCACCACUACGACGACUCCUACUGUAGAACCCGUUACUACUACUACUACUACUACUGUAGCACCCGUUACUACUACUACUGUAGAACCCGUUACUACUACUACUACUACUACUACUACUACCACUACUGUAGAACCCGUUACUACUACUACUGUAGCACCCGUUACUACUACUACUGUAGAACCCGUUACUACUACUACUACUACUGUAGCACCCGUUACUACUACUACUACUGUAGAACCCGUUACUACUACUACUACUGUAGAACCCGUUACUACUACUACUACUACUACUGUAGCACCCGUUACUACUACUACUACUGUAGCACCCGUUACUACUACUACUACUACUACUGUAGAACCCGUUCCUACUACUACUACUACUGUAGAACCCGUUACUACUACUACUACUACUACUACUACUACUACUACCACUACUGUAGAACCCGUUACUACUACUACUACUACUACUGUAGAACCCGUUACUACUACUACUACUGUAGAACCCGUUACUACUACUACUACUGUAGAACCCGUUACUACUACUACUACUACUACUACUACCACUACUGUAGAACCCGUUACUACUACUACUGUAGAACCCGUUACUACUACUACUACUGUAGCACCCGUUACUACUACUACUACUGUAGCACCCGUUACUACUACUACUGUAGCACCCGUUACUACUACUACUACUACUACUACUACUACUGUAGAACCCGUUACUACUACUACUACUACUACUACUACUACUGUAGAACCCGUUACUACUACUACUACUACUACUACUACUAAUGUAGCACCCGUUAUUACUACUACUACUGUAGCACCCGUUACUACUACUACUGUAGCACCCGUUACUACUACUACUACUACUACUGUAGAACCCGUUACUACUACUACUACUGUAGAACCCGUUACUACUACUACUACUACUGUAGCGCCAGUUACUACUACUACUACUACUACUACUACUACUACUACUACUACUACUACUACUACUGUAGCACCCGUUACUACUACUACUACUACUACUACUACUACUACUACUGUAGCACCCGUUACUACUACUACUACUACUACUACUACUACUGUAGCACCUGUUACUACUACUACUACUGUAGAACCCGUUACUGCUACUACUACUACUACUACUGUAGAACCUGUUACUACUACUACUACUACUGUAGAACCUGUUACUACUACUACUACUACUACUACUACUACUACUACUACAGAACCCAUAACUACUAAUAUUAAUAUUAGUUGUAGUUAAUUGUAGUUUGUGGUGCUACAGACGUAGUAGUAAUAGUUAUGGGUUCUGUAGUAGUAACGGGUUCUACAGUAGUAGUAGUAGUACUGUAGCACUCCUGCUAUUACUACAACUACUACAUACUACUACUGUAGCACUACUGUAGUGCUACUACUACUGUAGCACUUCUAAUACUACUGUAGCACCACUAAUUACUACUACUACUACUGUAGCACUACUACUGUAGCACAACUUACUACUACUACUACUGUAGCACUACUACGACAAUGACGACUACUGCUGUAGAACCAUUAGUACUACUACAACUACUGUAGAACCCGUUACUACUACUACUACUACUACUGUAGGACCCCGUUACUACUACUACAACUGUAGAACCUGUUACUACUACUACUAUAGAACUCAUAACUACUAAUAUUAAUAUUAGUUAGUGGUUUUACAGUAGAAGUAGUAGUAGUAGGUGCAACAGUAAUAGUAGUGCUUUGUAGUUUGUGGUGCUACAGUAGUAGUAGUAGUAGUAGUAGUGCUAUGGAAGUAGUAGUUAUGGGUUCUGUAGUAGUAACUGGUUCUGCAGUAAUAGUAGUACUGUAGCACUCCUACUAUUACUACAACUACUACAAAUACUACUACUGUAGCACUACUAAUACUACUGUAGCACCACUAAUUACUACUACUACUAACUGUAGCACUACUACUACUACUACUGUAGCACAACUUACUAUUACUACCACUUACUAAACUCAGACGUAAGAUAAACCACCCACCUGACAGGUGUGGCAGCAUAUCAAGAAGCUGAUUAAACAGCACCUUGUGCUGGGCACAAUAAAAGGCCAUUCUAAAAUGUGCAGUUUUGUCGCACGACACAAUGCCACAGAUGUCUCAAGUUUUGAGGGAGUGUGCAAUUGGCAUGAUGACUGCAGGAAUGUCCACCACAGCUGUUGCCAGACAAUUGAAUGUUAAUGUCUCUGCCAUAAGCCGAUACGGCUUUUUAGAGAAUUUGGCAGAGCGUCCAACCAUCCUCACAACCGCAGACUGUAAACUGUAAACUCAGCAAAAAAAGAAACGUCCUCUCACUGUCAACUGUGUUUAUUUUCAUCAAACUUAACGUGUAAAUAUUUGUAUGAACAUAACAAGAUUCAACAACUGAGACAUAAACUGAACCAGUUCCACAGACAUGUGACAAUGUGUCCCUGAACAAAGGCGGGGUCUAAAUGUAAAGUAACAGUCAGUAUCUGGUGUGGCCACCAGCUGCAUUAAGUACUGUAGUGCAUCUCCUCCUCAUGGACUGCACCAGAUUUGCCAGUUCUUGCUGUGAGAUGUUACCCCAAUCUUCCACCAAGGCACCUGCAAGUUCCAAGAAAUUUCUGGGGGGAAUGGCCCUAGCCCUCACCCUCCAACCCAACAGGUCCCAGACGUGCUCAAUGGGAUUGAGAUCUGGGCUCUUCGCUGGCCAUGGCAGAACACUGACAUUCCUGUCUUGCAGGAAAUCACACACAGAACGAGCAGUAUGGCUGGUGGCAUUGUCAUGCUGGAGGGUCAUGUCAGGAUGAGCCUGCAGGAAGGGUACCACAUGAGGGAGGAGAUUGUCUUCCCUGUAACGCACAGCGAUGAGAUUGCUUGCAAUGACAACAAGCUCAGUCCGAUGAUGCUGUGACACAACACCCCAGACCAUGACGGACCCUCCACCUCCAAAUCGAUCCCGCUCCAGAGUACAGGCCUCGGUGUAGCGCUCAUUCCUUCGACGAUAAACGGGAAUCCGACCAUCACCCCUGGUGAGACAAAACCGCAACUCGUCAGUGAAGAGCACUUUUUGCCAGUCCUGUCUGGUCCAGCGACGGUGGGUUUGUGCCCAUAGGCAACAUUGUUGCCGGUGAUGUCUGGUGAGGACCUGCCUUACAAUAGGCCUACAAGCCCUCAGUCCAGCCUCUCUCAGCCUAUUGCAGACAGUUUGAACACUGAUGGAGGGAUUGUGUGUUCCUGGUGUAACUCGGGCAGUUGUUCUUGCCAUCCUGUACCUGUCCCGCAGGUGUGAUGGUCGGAUGUACUGAUCCUGUGCAUGUGUUGUUACACGUGGUCUGCCACUGCGAGGAUUAUCAGCUGUCCGUCCUGUCUCCCUGUAGCGCUGUCUUAGACGUCUCACAGUACGGACAUUGCAAUGUAUUGCCCUGGUCACAUCUGCAGUCUUCAUUCCUCCUUGCAGCAUGCCUAAGACAUGUUCACGCAGAUGAGUAGGGAUUUUGGGCAUCUUUCUUUUGGUGUUUUUCAGAGACAGUAGAAAAGCCUCUUUAUCGCCCUAAGUUUUCAUAACUGACCUUAAUUGCCUACUGUCUGUAAGCUGUUAGUGCCUUAAUGACCGUUCCACAGGUGCACGUUCAUACAUUUUUUAUGGGUCAUUGAACACGCAUGGGAAACCUUGUUUAAACCCUUUCCAAGGAAGAUCUGUGAAGUUAUUUAUAUUUUGUAUUUAUCUUUGAAAGACAGGGUCCUAAAAAAGAGAUUUCUUUUUUUGCUGAGUUUACUCAUACUACUACUACUACUGUAGCACCACUAACAACAACUACUACAGCCAGUGGUGGAAAAAGUACCCAAUUGUCAUACUUCAGUAAAAGUAAAAUGUCUUAAUAGAAAAUGACUCAAGUGAAAGUCUCCCAGGAAAACCACUAACUACUACUACUGUUGCACUCCUAUUGUUACUACUACAAAUCAGAGGUCGACCGAUUAAUCGGCAGGGAAGAUUGUUAUGAAAAUUUGAGGUCGGUUAUCUGCAUUUUUGGAUGCUGAUUAUGGCCGAUUACAUUGCACUCCACAAGGAGACUGCGUGGCAGGCUGACCACCUGUUACGUGAGUGCAGCAAGGAGCCAAGGUAAGUUGCUAGCUAGCAUUAAACUUAUAUUAUAAAAAACAAUCAAUCUUAACAUAAUCACUAGUUAACUACACAUGGUUGAUGAUAUUACUAGUUUAUCUAGCUUGUCCUGCGUUGCAUAUAAUCAAUGCAGUCGCUGUUAAUUUAUCGAGUCACAGCCUACUUCGCCAAACGGGUGAUGGUUUAACAAGCGCAUUUGCGAAAAAAGCACUGUCGUUGCACCAAUGUAUCUAAUCAUAAACAUCAAUGCCUUUCUUUAAAAUAAUAUAUAUAAAAAUUGUAACAUUUCUUAAAAUCAAUACACAAGUAAAAAAUGUUAAACCUGCAUAUUUAGUUAAUAUUGCCUGCUAACACGAAUUUCUUUUAACUAGGGAAAUUCUGUCACUUCUCUUGCGUUCUGUGCAAGCAGAGUAAGGGCAUAUGCAGCAGUUUGGGUCUGCACGAGUCUGGCUCGUUGCGAACUGUGUGAAGACCAUUUCUUCCUAACAAAGACCGUAAUUAAUUUGCCAGAAUUUUACAUAAUUAUGACAUAACAUUUGAAGGUUGUGCAAUGUAAGAGCAAUAUUUAGACUUAGCGUUGCCGCCCGUUCAAUAAAAUACGGAACGGUUCUGUAUUUCACUGAAAGAAUAAACGUUUUGUUUUCGAAAUUAUAGUUUCCGGAUUUGACCAUAUUAAUGACCUAAGGCUCGUAUUUCUGUGUGUUAUUAUAUUAUAAUUAAGUCUAUGAUUUGAUAGAGCAGCCUGACUGAGCGGUGGUAGGCAGCAGCAGGCUCGUAAGCAUUCAUUCAAACAGCAGUUUCCUGCGUUUGCCAGCAGCUCUUCGCUGUGCUUCAAGCAUUGCGCUGUUUAUGACUUCAAGCCUAUCAACUCCCGAGAUUAGGCUGGCAAUACUUUAGUGCCUAUAAGAACAUCCAAUGGUAUAUGAAAUACAAAUGUUAUAGGGAUAAAUAGUCCUAUAAUUCCUAUAAUAACUACAACCUAAAACUUCUUAACUGGGAAUAUUGAAGACUCAUGUUAAAGGAACCACCAGCUUUCUUAUGUUCUGAGCAAGAAAUUGAAACACUUUUUUACAUGGCACAUAUUGCACUUUUACGUUCUUCUCCAACACUGUGUUUUUGCAUUAUUUAAACCAAAUUGAACAUGUUUCAUUAUUUAUUUGAAACUAAAUUGAUUUUAUUUAUGUAUUAAGUUAAAAUAAGUGUUCAUUCAGUUGUUGUAAUUGUCAUCAUUACAAAUAUAUAUAUAAAUAUAUAUAUUAUUUAUAUUUCAAAUAAAUAAUGAAACAUGUUCAAUU